CUCUUCCUUUAUAACACCCCUCAAGCUCCCUCUUCUCCUCCUCAACUGACCGGAAAAUGGCUAUUUUCGUACGGGCAAAGCACGUCACAGCUCCCCUUGACGAGCGCGUUCGCGCUCGCCUCCGCGGCGAGUUCCCCAACUACGCCAGCAGCGGCAGCGACCACGACGGCACCGCCUCCAUUUCCGAUGAUCCCUCCUGCUUCUCAGCCCUUCUAAACGGCUUUAUCGACUCCUCCGCUGACGAAGGCGAUGAUCCCGAUCGCAACAAAGACUCCGAUUCAGAGGUCGACUACUCUUCCACUCCGAUGCCGAUAAACUCCACCCUCGCCCUCGCAGGCAAGCUACGCGACCUCCUUUCUCCGCCGCCAUCCGACGAUCCGAUGCGGUCGAGGAUCAUUUCCGACGUUGAAUCUGCGGCGGCGGAGGUUGCGACGCUGCGGCUGACUGGAUCGGCGUUCCGGCGAGCGCUGAUGGGGCGGUUGAGAGAAAGAGGGUAUAAUGCGGGGAUAUGCAAGGCGAGAUGGGAUGUCGGCAGUGGAUUGACGUCAGGGAGCUACGAGUACAUCGACGUGGUGUUUUUACCGGCGGGUGAAGCGGACAGAAGGUAUAUUGUGGAUUUGGGAUUUGCGGCGGAGUUCGAGGUGGCGAGGCCGACGGAAGAGUACGUAAUAGUAGCUACGGCGUUGCCAUCCGUGGUGGUGGCUCGGCCGGAGGAGAUAAGGUCUGCGGUCAGGAUAAUGGCGGAGGCGGCGACGAGAUCGUUGAAAAGCAGGGGGAUGAGCGUGCCGCCGUGGAGGAAGAAGCGGUACAUGAUGGCUAAAUGGUUGGGGUUUUAUCGCCGGACUGUGAAUAGUUUUGGGGUGGUGGUGGAGGCAGGAGGGGAGGGGGAGGUGAGGUGGAGGGCGGUGGGGUUUGGGUGCGGUGGAGAGAAUUAGAGGUGAAUUUGAGAAAUUAUUAGGUGUGGAUUAGCAAAAUUAAAGUCUACUUGUGAAAGAUGAAAUUAUAUAAUUAUGUACUCAUUUUUUUCAUUAAUUUUAAGCUCUAAAUUACAAAAUAUA